AUGGCAUACUCAGAACCGUCACCGCCUGGGCCCCCAGUCCACUACCAUGUCCUUUCAGUUGCAUCUUCACCCCCAGAAACAGACGGAGAUGACCUUAGUACUUCGCCCACAGGCCAGCCGAAGAAUACCGAGCCGCACAGCUUUAGAGAAGGCUGUAACCCGAACCGAUGGGCAGUUAUGAAAGAGACCGUCGGUUGGAGAGUUUGGCUCGCCGACUUUGCUGCCAUCGCCUUGCCGACUGCUUUCGUUAUCGUUGCAAUCUCGGUGUUGCUCCUGGAUGGGAAACCCGUUGAGAACCUCGCUCUUAAAAAAUGGCAAAAUGCAAUUACAGCGUUGGCGACAGCGUUUCCCAUCAUCUUUGCCUUGAUAGUCGGCCGCCUCGUUUAUGAGAUAGCUCGAUGGAGGCUUGAAAAAGGAGCUACGCUUGGCUCGCUCGAACAACUGAUCGGCAGUCGUACUUUUGGAUCUACUGUUGUCACACUACUCCACCAUCGAGCCUCAAAACUCCUCAGCAUCGUCCUGGUCUUAGUCUGGGCCCUCUCGCCGCUUGGUGCGCAGUCUAUGCUACGAAUGCUUGAAUCACGCCUUGAGCCGCGAGCCCAGGACUCAACUAUUAUACACUUUGAUACUGAUGCUCCAACCCAACAAUCAUGCAUUAUGCCAUUCUCCCCUGACGGCUCAGCAGGUUUGGCUGCCAUGGUAUCUUAUGUGAAGACCAUGUUCGGUGCCGUAUUACUUUCACCAUCAACCACCAAGCUAGAUUCGAUGGAUAUGUGGGGAAAUGUCAAAGUCCCCAUCUUGAAGUCAGCUAGCGAUGACUGGACGAGUAUCUCCUGGAGCGCCGAGUUGGAACAUUACUCUGCAUUCGUUGGGAUACCAAUAACAGGUAUCUCGGUGGGCAAUAAAACGUUUCAUCUUGAAUCAAGUUAUGUGGAUCUUAGCUGCAGCAACAUUAGCAAAACUGCGACCUUUACAGAGGAUGUCACCUUCGGUUGGCGAAACUGGAACUCGUUUCCACUUGAAAAUGGGACCUGGUACGGUUUCAACACCUCUAGCACUCUCGACCGCUCUUCUGCGCCUUGGGCCAUGGCAUUGGAUAGGUUCGUCGAUGACUUCUGGAGUGGCUUUGGCGUCCAGUCGCAUAGAUCCAAGCAGAACAUGUACUGCAGACCGGCCUUAUUCAAGAACGAGACUGGUAUCAACGCUGGACUCACAAGGCUCUACUUCCAGGCGAAGCUCGGUUCCUCUGCAGCUUUGUCCUCGGCCGGGCUCACGGCCUAUUGUGAUGUUCACCAGAGAUAUGUUGAAUCCCGAGUCACAUGUCGGCUGUCAGAUAUGGGGGGCCAGCAGAAUUGCACUGUUACCGCCCAGCGACCGUCACAACGACCUCACUCCCCUGACUCGAUAUCACAUUUGUCCAUUCCUUGGGUUUUUCGCUAUAUUUCAAGAGAGAUACCGUUGACGACCGCGCCACAAAACUCUGAUCACCCGGGGUUUAUUCUGCAGUACCUGGACAAUCCGAGCAUUGGCAACUUCACCAUGGUUCAGCAACUCGCCAUGUUUGAGCACGUUGAUGCCGACCUCUUCAGCCGACGACUCAGCCAAGUAAUCAAUACAUACAUCCUCCUGAGUCAAAUGUUUCUUCAAGCAACGGGUGUCAGCGCCGUGUCUGCUGGUACGACAGAUUGGAACAUGGUCGCUCCGGCUCAAGUCAGUACCUUGAUUGAGACCUUUUCAGUUCCACGAUUGUGGAUUGGGCUUUGCCUUCUGUCGUCUCUGAUGCUCCUGAUCUGUGGAGUUCUGAGUGCGAUCCUGACGCGGCUAUCAGCUGGACCGGACAUCCUGGGAUACGCCUCCACACUCAUCCGCGACUCAAGGUAUAUCGACACACCGCACGAGGUGGAAUCCAAUGUCGCCCUCGGUCAGAUUCUAACGACCCCACCAUACAUCUUUGGCGCCAUCGUUUCUAUUCCCAUCGGCAUCAUGGCUGACCACGUUCGACUCCGCUCCCCGUUCAUCAUCGGCUACUCGAUUUUUCACAUGGCUGAUCUGGCGAUGAUCUCCAGGGGCGAUGGCCAGGAUGCUAGGUACACAGGCAUGUUCUUGGUCAUUGCGGGAAGUAACUGUGCCAUUCCCUCCGCAUUGGCGUUUCUCGCCAACAACGUCGUUUGGACACACAAGAGACCGUUUGCAGUUCCCAUUCAGACCAUCUUUGGUGGAAUCGAAGGAAUUAUUGGGUCCCUCAUGUUCCGGGAGGAGGAUUAUCCUGGGUUGCCUGGGUUGCAGUUCACAUUGACAUUGCGACGGCCUAGUACUUCAGCCGCUACCAUGGGAGCCUCCAUCUCAGUCGUCAGCAACCCCGAAACAGUCGCCAAUGCCAUUUUCACGAGUGGUGUGGCCGUCACUGGCGCGGCUUGGAACACUGGAUUCGACGAGAACGCCGUGGGCACCUUCACCAAUGGCCCCUUGGGUCUUGCGUCUGGCGGCAUCUUGACGACAGGCGGUUCGAUAGACGCAUCAGCAAACCAACCAUAUUCUGUCAACAUAGACAACGACGCGGGCGCUUCCCAGAUCUAUUGUGGAGCAGAUUCCCAAGAUGCUGCUGUCUUGACGGUCGAUAUCGAAGUCCAGCAGGGUUUCAAUGGAGUCGAGGUUGAAUUCGUUCUCGCGUCGGAGGACACACACGCGGACCCGAUUGGCAUAUAUCUGGACGGCGAGCAGUACGCCCUGGACCCGGACGGAAGCAGAAUAACGGCCAAAUCGUACUACCUAAGCCCCGGACGAGCCAUCAAGAACCCAUACCAAAUCUUCCAAUAUCCCUCUUGGUCCACCUAUGCAGCAUCGUCGAAGCCUCUGAUCAUGGGUAUUGCCGCAGAGCCCGGGGCACACACCAUGGUCUUUGCCAUCUGCGACAAUGUCGACGCCCAGCAUGACUCGGCGCUCUUUGUGAGGGCCAAAGGCUGCAAGGACUGUGUGGCAGACGUCAAGAUCCACUAUCUCACGCAGACAACCACAACCGUUUCGACUUUUACUUCGACCAUCGAGCCAGUCAGCAUGUCUGCUGGCACUGUCUUGAUCGGUGUGACGGCGGACCCAACCACAUCAGCCACAUCCAGCGAAGCUUCGACGGCCACCUCCACUGAGUAUUCAUCUUCAUCAACUGAGGGUCCGGCUACAUCCACCGAUGCUUCUACCACUUCCAGUGAGACUUCUGCCACGUCCACUGAAGUAUCAACCGAGUCGUCCGCCACGACAACCGCCGCCAGCGAGAGCUCAACAGUAUCAACUACGGAUUCCACAAUGACCACGUUGAGCACCGAUUCUUCUGUCACAACGGUCACAUCUUCUCAGUCUUCCUCAACUAUUUCAACCGAGACUUUGUCCAUAACAUCACAGGCCACCACUGUAUCAACCAUCGACUCCACGAUGACAACCUUGACAACAUCUCGAAGACCUUGCCGUCCUGCAUAG